UGUUAUCCUAAUUAAUUAAUUAUAAUUACAAAUAUUUGUAUUAUCUAAAUGUGUUCAUAUUUUUAAUUUCUCGAAAUAAGCUUUAUUUAUUAACAUCACUAGGUAUAAUCAAACUUCAGUAUGACCAAGUCAAACCUUUUAUUAUCCCACAUAUCAUUUUUUUCCUGUCAAACUUUAUGACAAAAAACGAUUUUACAAUCGAAUAAAUAAAAAUUAAUUACCAUCAUACGAUGCCUCCACCGAAGAAGAAAAGUGCUUAUCAACGGUUAAUGAUACGAAUAUCUUGCCUCCUUCCAGCAAAACUUCGUCCUGUUUUUUUACAUCCUGCAGGACCGACUACUGUAUUCUUUUGGGCACCUACGUUUAAAUGGGGUUUGGUGUUGGCAGGAUUAGGUGACAUGAAGCGACCUCCAAACACGAUUUCUCUUACGCAAACUGCGAGUCUAAUGAUUACUGGUGCCAUAUGGUCCAGGUAUUCAUUGAUCAUCACACCAAAGAACUAUAAUUUAUUCAGUGUAAACGCGUUUACGUGUUUAACGGGAAUGUAUAAUUUUAUACGAGCUCUGCUGUACAAAAUAGAACAAGAGAAGGCUGAGGAAAAGGAUUUAGAAUAG